AUGAGAGGACGUCGGUUCAAAAAUACUCCACCACGGAGACCUUAUCGACUCCCAUCUGAAAAAUCUCAGGCGGAGGUUUCAAGCAGACUAUCUGAGUCUAUGCCAGAAACUGUUGAUUCUCCUAAUCCUACGUCUUCUAGCUCACAUGCACCGAAUGUUCCUGAGACUAUUGUGUCUGAUAUGGAUUCAAAUGACCUAGAUGACGAAAGCUCGUCAACUGAAGGAGUGUUUGUUCCUACUCCUGGUAUUCACCAUACUUCAAAUAUUCAACCUGGACCUUCAAUUCACUCUCCUUUCAUUCGUUCUCCUAUUUCAGAACCACUUCCGUCGAAACCGAAUACUGCCCAUGCAAUUGUUCCUGGUGAGGUUUCUAUUGAACCUUUGGUUAGAACUGAUGUUUAUAAUGAUGAGGAUGAGCUGAAUCCUCCCAAUCCUAAAGUCCAUAGUGAAGAAUUUUCUGAUGUUGCUGAUAAUAACCUAACUGCUUCACCUGCUUCUUAUGCAAUCCCUGUUGAAUCACAGCCAGCAAAGAAGAAAUCUCAGCAGAAUCGACGUAACAUAACUGCUGGCAGAAAGAAGAUUCCUCCUAAGAUUUCAUCUGUUUUGAUCGAUGGAAUAUCUUUUCAUCACGAGGAGAACGUUCAGCAUUGGAAGUUUAUGGUUCAGCGGAGGUUAGCGGAUGGGGUAAAUGUCUCUGUUAAACAUCAGUCUUGCAUAAGUAUCAUGAAUCUUAUUGAAAGGGCAGGUUUAUCCAAAACUAUUUCAAAUGUCGGACCAUUCUAUCCUCAGCUUAUUAAGAAGUUUAUAGUCAACUUGCCUGAUGAAUUUAAUGAUCCUAGUAGCUCAGAUUAUCAGACCGUUCAUAUUAGAGGUUUCAAAUUUAUAAUUUCGACUGCGGUGAUAAACGGUUUUCUAGGAAACUUUGUUGCUCUUGACUGUUCUUUAUCGUCUCCUUCAAAGGAAGUUUUAGCUUUUGUGCUAUCUGGUGGGACUCUCUCUUCAUGGCUUGUCAAUGGUAUACUUGUAGUUGCUCUUAGUGUCAAAUAUGCCAUACUGCAUAAGAUCAGUAUUGCUAAUUGGUUCCCAUCAUCCUAUGCCUCCAGUGUGUCUGCUGCCUUAGGGACUUUCUUAUAUCGAAUUUGUAAUGACGACAAGGUGGAUACAGGCGCUUUUAUACAUAAUAAGCUUUUAAGGCAUGUCGGUUUGUUUGGGGUCAAGAUUCCAAUUGCUCUCCCACGGUUCUUCUCUAGUAUGCUCCUUCAUUUGAAUGUUGUUGUGAUAACUGCAUCUGAUGCUCUUGGACCUAAUCCUAAGACAUUAUCCCUCAGCUACAGACUUUUUCAGGGUAGUCAUGUGCCUGAUAUUGAUCGUGAUGUGCAUCCUUCUCGAGGGUCGGGCAUCUUCGAUUCAAGUGACUGGGAUGAGUCUGCUGAUGGCUUCUUUGUUGAUCGCGAAUUAGCUUCUAGAAUUGUUAAUUCACUUACUGUUGAAUCUCGAGCUCUGUCUAAUUCCAUCAAUCUGUUAUCUGAAUGGCAGCUAGAAGUUGACUUUCUCAUUCGUCAUUUAAAGACUUUUACACCAUCAACCAGUCAAAGGGAUCAUGGAUCUGACUAA